CAUCGUCUAAUUUUUCUUUCUAUUUAAUUAUUGCCCUGAAAAUUCAGAGGAAAAAAAGGAAAAAAGAAAUAAUUGAAAACACCAGAAAAACCCCAACCGCCCUUCUCUUGUCCACAAGAAGAAACAUCGCAGCCUAAUGCAGUGACUGUCAACAAGCCGCUCCUUCCCGCUAUGGAGUACGCACCCACCGGUCUCCUCAUCACUCCACCGCUCCCGCCAUUCCCGCCGGCCUCCCACGGCAUCGACCUAUCCCCUCUCGAGUUCGUCCUCGGCCUCAUCGCCAUCAUCACCAUCCCCAUCCUCAUCUACGCCUUCAUCUUCGCCAUAAGGUGCCCCCAAGUCCCCGCCCUUGGCCGCAGCCGCCAGAGAUUCUCCGGCGAGUUCCCCGGCGUCGAGGCGCCUGCCGCUGUCUCGGAAGUGAAGCUCCGGAAAGAGGCGGAGGGGGAGUGCCCGGUGUGCCUGUCGGCGUUCGCCGAGGGAGAGGAGGUGAAGCAGCUCAGCGCCUGCAACCACUACUUCCACGCGCCGUGCAUCGACGCUUGGCUCAGCUCCCACGCCAACUGCCCCGUCUGCCGGGCGUGGAUCUCCGUGAAGAGGCCGCCGAGGUCGAAUGCCCCCCCCGCCAGAGACUCCGAUCACCUCCAAGGCCUGCCCGAUGCCUCCAGCAUGGUCUGAUAAGGUGCUACUCUCUCGCGCAAUAUCAUAGCUCGAUUUCAGAGCUGCGUGCUACUUUCCAUGGAUUUCACUGAUCAAUCCGCCAUGGGUUUGGUUCAAACCAGCAAUCCUUUCCACUUCCAUAUGUGAACUCCUUGUCUGAACUUCAUCGUGUAAGAGUCUGUACAAUUAUGGAUUGCGAAGGAUCAAAUGGAAUCCUCCACCCAGUGGACAUGGGAGCUUGAGCUUCAAGUUUGAUGCUUCCAUGGAUGUCCUAUCUUUGAUCAUAGUGGAAAAUGAGAACAUUUAAAAUUUUGUCUC